AUGUUAUGCACGAUCUUUCAAUUAUUUCAAGUAACUGAAAAGGUCCAACUCCUAAAUCUUGAUGCUACUGGAAAGACGUGUGAGCAUAAAAAAUUCGCAGAACGAUCUAAACUGCGGUAUCUCCAAAUAAAUGAAGCUGAAGUUGUUGUUGGGGAUUUCAAGCAUCGCUUGUUAAACUUAAGAUGGCUUUGUUGGCAAGAUUCGCCUCUGCAUUUUGAAGCAACCAAUUUUCAUACGAAGAAACUAGUCAUACUUGAUCUAAGCGGUAGUAGGAUCCCGGAGAACUGGAAGGGUUGGAGUCAAAUUACGAUGGCAAGUAACUUAAAAGUGCUUGACAUUUCAUACACUGAAAUACGGGAGCUACCUGAUGAAAUUAGGAUGUUAAAGAAGCUGGAAAUUAUAGAUGCACGUGGUUCUAGAUUGAGAGGAAUUCGAAGCCUACCAACAAGCAUUCAUACCCUUGGCUUAUGCGUUGAUGUCGAAGCAUUGCCAGAGCUUCCCUCAAGUUUACAAGUUCUGCGUGUACAUUUGUGGAGAUUGCAUGCUACCCCUAAUCUUGCAAAUCUGGUUAAUCUGCAAGUCCUGCAGUGUUAUCAGAUUCCUGACAACAUGAAUCAGAUAAUUUUCAGUGAUAUUGUUAAAUUAUCCAAAUUGCAGAGGUUGGACUUUGGACAUAGCAACAUUAUGACCCUACCGAAAGAGAUUGAUGCCCUUUCUCAGCUCAAAUUCCUUAAUCUACAACCAUGCUGUAAACUUCGAUGUAUAUUGGGUUUACCUCCCAACCUGGUUGGAUUAUAUAUUGGUGGUGUUGAGUCACUGGAAAUACUACCAGAUCUGUCAAAUCUGAAGCUCUUGUCAGAAUUGUGGCUUUCUGGGUGUGAUAAGCUGACAAAGAUUCAAGGACUUGGAAAUCUAGAAUUGCUGGAAAGUUUGAGAAUAGAUGAGUGCUAUAGGCUGACACAAAUUCAAGGGCUUGGAAAUCUAGUAUCGCUGGCAAGUUUUUAUAUGCGUUUGUGCUAUGAAAUAGUUGAACUUGAUUUGCUUGAAUGUUCGGCCCCUCUAGCAUCCUCAGAGAUAAGUGGGUACAAACACCCUGAAAAUAAACCAGAUCGGUCCAACUUAAACAAGUUAAAAAAAAUUGAAGUUAUUGGUUGCCAAAAUCUCAAUAAGAUCGAAGGACUACAUAUAUUGGUAUCGUUGGAAUAUUUGAAUUUGUCGUAUUGCCCAUCCAUGGUAAGAAUGCCGAAUCUAUCAAACUUGAAAAUGUUGAGACACUUGCAGCUCUGUGGCUGUUUGAGCUUACGCGAGAUUGAGGGCCUUGAGGCUUUGGAAGCCUUGAAGGGACUGAACAUCAUGGGGUGCUCAUCGCUGGAAAAAGUACCACAUCUGCCAAACACACUUAUAUAUUCAGGCGAUUUCUUACCAUUAUGAUGACGAAUAUUGUGAAGAUUUUGAUGAAGAUUCUGAUGAUUAUGAUGAAGAUUUGCAUUGAGCCUGGUUUGGUUCCCCUUAUUGUUCUAUAGAUUGUA